CCACAGCACCUUGACACCAAAAACGGAUAGAUCAUGAUAUAUAGAUCUUACAUGAGGCAACCGGUUGGGAUGCUUUGAGCUUCAGCAUGCAAGUCGAGCCAUUGGCAGGAUCAGCAUGCCAGCAGAUGAUGCGAAACUAGAUUGCAAUUACUCACACAGCAGCUGGACGUGCCGGCAAACUGAGUGAAAGUUCCUCCAUAAGAAGUCUGAGGGUCAAAAGAUGUCAAAAGACUCUUGGCAAAAUCUUGGGGCCCAAGGAAUUUCCGAAGCUGAAACCUGCAAAACCAAAACUCAAAAAUUGCGAAAUGCCCGAGCGAUGUUUGUUGUUGGAUACUUCUGAGCAGAUGCCCAGUACGGUUGACCAUGUCCGUGAUGAAAUCUGAUCUUGAUGGUUGAUAAGUUGAUACAAGAAAUGCCGAAAUUCGUGGUUUUCAACGGGUCUUGAUCGCUCCCCGUUUGAGAACUAAGUUUUACUUCCUCACCCCGCGGCCACGAACUCGUGGCCACAAAGUAAAUAUAGCUUCGGCCCAGAGACAACGAUGCUUCAAUUGAGACGAAUACUUUGGCUGUCGUGAAACAAAAAUAUGACGUGCAAUUUAAAUCGGUUUGUGACUGCUUAAAGACCUCUAAAAUUUGGCUAGAGCGGGUAGAUCUUGCAGAAUGGAACCGUUUGAGAAGAUAGACGUUCAACCAUUUGCACGCCCGCGCCGACUCAGAGAUAGCAUUGCUGGUUUCGUGACAGAGCAUGGCUUGCUUUUCAAUGCAGACAGGUCAAGAUCUUGAAGUUCUCAAGAGGUUCUCAAGUUGGACAGCUGAAGUAUGCAGAUCUUGCACCAGUAUCUUUCCGGGAGCAUUGUCACGUGCCGGAACAAACGACGUGACUUUGGGUCCGUUUAUCCCUUUGAACACAGACCUCAUCAAACUCGAAGUUGUUUUGUGCUUGAUCCAAACCAGUUGGAAAACUGGACUGUUGGUGUGUUCAUGCUGUUCGCACCAAAAGGAUGGCUUUUCAGUGGGGUGUCUUGAGAGGUUUCCAAUAGAUCUGGGCGCAAAUGACGCCUUCCUUUGCCAAGGGGUUCCCCCUAUCAUGACACUGGAGGGGAGGCUCCGCCGUCUGAGCUGUCCAGUUGGUGACUUGCAUAAGUCAAAGUGAACAUUCCCUGUGUCACUUCGCAAGAUGUGAAACUUACAUCGCAUGGGAAGCGGAGUGGCACCAGGGCUCGCGCUUGAAAGUUGCUGGACCAUGCAGGAGCAUGAGCACCUUGUUCAGUCCUUGAAAGUUUGAUAACCCAAUCUUUUCUAAGAUGAUAACAUAUUUUUGGGCAGUUGCAGGAAGGAAAAA